CCUCUGUACCAUACAUGUACAAAUCCACCAUUUGUAGAUUUGUGUCCUCUACAAUAUGGUUUACAAUGUAUCAACGGGUAUAUAUAUAUGACCCAUGAACGCCCUGACUCAUUUUUCCUGGAAUCCAUUGUUGUCCCUAUAUGGCAUCGCUAAGGCCUUAUUACUUGACUACAGAUACCCUGUCACGUACACAGUUCAGUCAAUAGCUGUAGGGAGCACAUGUUGCCACUGGACAUUGUUCGGCAUAAAACUUUGGUGACACUCAGCUCAAGAUGGACCAAGAUACACAGUCAGCUGAAUCAGACGAUGAUGGCUACACAUGUAUGGAGCUGCCUACCCUUGUCAAGCAAUUGCAGGUCGUUCUGGACCAGUACCCUGAUGAUGGCCAGAUACUCAAGGAGCUGAUACAGAAUGCUGAAGAUGCUGGAGCCGAAGUUGUCAACAUCAUGUUUGAUGGAAGGAAUAUUCGUCCUGAAAUAGAUCCCCAGGAAUUGAAACAGAACACUUUUCUUAAAUCUUUGCAGGGUCCUGCGUUGUGUGUCUUCAAUGAUGCUUUAUUCAGGAAGAAGGAUUGGGCAGGUAUCAGAAUGUUGCAUACUAGCCUCAAGAAUGAGUCACAGAAUAUAGGACAAUUCGGACUUGGUUUCAAAUCUGUAUUCCAUAUUACAGAUUAUCCAUGUAUCAUCAGCGGUGACCACAUCCUUUUCUUCAAUCCAGAAGAAGUAGCACAUAAAGUGUGUUUCGCCAAAAAGUUAAGGAAUCUAACAGAUAGAGUGAAAGAUAUUUUAAGUCAGGUCCUGAGUGGUACAUUUGGGUUCUCAGACGAGUGUUUGACAGCUGGUUAUGACGGAACUCUAUUUUGGUUUCCUCUGAGGGUUCAAACAUCACAACUUUCUGGAAAUAUAUAUACAGAAGAGAGUGUAAUGGACCUAUUUCAGGCGUUGAGAUCGGAGGCGCCAGUUACACUACUUUUUCUCAAUUCCAUACACAAAGUUCAAUUAUUCCAGAAGCAUGCAGCUACGGAAGAGGUGAUUUUCUGUGUACAGCUUUCCAAAAGCUGUUUAGCAUCUGUUAAACGUCAAAGGAUGGAUUUUGCCUCAAAAGUGAAACGCAUUGACUGUGAAUUGACAUGCCCUUCCAUUGAAAACAGACUUAAUGUUGAGAUAGAAACUGAAGAUUUCAUAAAGUCACAAAAAUUAAGCCAGGAAUGGGUAAUUCUCAAUGUGUUCAAAGCCAGAGAUAUGUCUGAAAGACUACAAAGACUCUGCAAGGAAAUGUCACGGUGUCCGCGUGUGGGCCUGGCUGUUCCUCUUGGUAAGAAAUGUGAAGGUCAUGUGUUCUGUUUCCUCCCUCUUCCCAUGGAGAGUCACAGUCCCACAGGUCUGCAGGUUCAUGUAAAUGGCUGCUUUGCCUUAAGUCAGAAUCGAAGGCAUAUCAAAUGGCCAACAGCAGAUCAGCUACAGAAUCAGUCUCAUACAGACAAGGAUAUUGAGUGGAACAAGUGUCUUGUGAGUGAAGUGCUACCAGAGGUUUAUUGUAAUAUUCUAAACGAGCUGAUUCAGCAUUCUCAACAGGAACAGAAUCCAGAUGACCUGAUACAGCAGGUGUAUUCCUUGGUUCCAAGUCAAGAAAAUGUCAGUGUACAUUGGAAACCAAUGGUGGAUGGAGUUUUAAGAGAACUGCAAAACAUUCCAAUCUUUUUCACAGAAAAUGCUGGUGGAUGUUGGAUAACAGCCGAAUGUGCCACUGUGCUUGAUUCCAGCCUGGCUACUGAUGUCAAAGCAGUUGUCAAGGAUAUUUAUCUUUGGUGUAAUCAAAACAUUGUUGAUUUGCCUGGAUAUGUUUUGGCAUUGUUGGAAGAAAUAUUGAACACAUCCUUAACAAUGGUUUCUAGUGAACAUGUCUGCUCACUUCUGACAUCAAAUGACUGUUACAUAAGAUGUCUAUCUCCGCCCAAAAAGAGGAUUUUGCUGAAGUAUUUAUUAUCCGGUGGAUGUGUAGCCUUCUUACGUGGAUUACACCUUUUGCCUACAAUGGAUGGAUGUUUCACAGAAAUUGGAAAGGGACAUGUAUACAUUUGGACGGAUGUUAUUGAUUCAGAGGUUUUGUUUCCUGGCCUUGAAUCCAUCCUAGUGGACACUGUGGCAUCACCUGAACUUGGCCAAGUCUUACAAAGUGAACAGAAUCGAGAUCUUCUCAAGGUGGGCCUGAUAACCAGUGACGUAUUUCCAAGUCUUCUGCAGAGAUGUGUUGCACAACAUUUCGGUGAAAACAACCCCAAAUAUCUACAUCUACCUGUUGAUGACACUUGGUUGAGGACAAUGUGGACUUACAUCGACAAGAGCUAUUCCUGUGAUCAGCUUGGUGGUAUGUUUGGGUCACUGCCUCUUAUUCCAGAAUUACAAGAGCAAGGAAAAACACGUCUACAUGAACUACAAAAGCCACUUAUUGUUGAGAUGGUAGAUGGCGUGAGUUCACUCCCUAAGCACAUGGCUGAUUGUCUGAGGAGGCUUGGUGUUGUAGUGUUAAAAAGCAUUUCAGACAUUACACCCAAGAAUAUUCUUGGAGUGAUAAUACAGUACCCAACCCAUAGUGGUGUCAUGAAAGUACUAGAUGCUGUGUCAGAGAAUGACAAUAUACAGACAAAGAUCAAUCAAUUCAACACAGAGGCAACACAUGAGGAAAGAAACAGCUUAACUUGUUUUUUGGGAGAAAGUACAACAGACUUCACAAAGUCAAAGGGUAUUUUAAGGAGUCUUCAAAUGUUCAUGGCAACUGAUGGGUCGUCAAAGUGUUUAGAAGAUGUGGGCAUUCUGGCACCUGUUUUGGAACCCCCAUUUCCAAUCCCUUACUCUGAGGUCUAUCUAGUGUCUACCCCCAAAGCUGUAAGGUCGCUAGCUGUGUCUCUAGGGGCAUCGCAAAUAAAACUGGAUGCAGCAGUCAUACUCACUUUACAAAGCAUCAUUGAAGGAAAUCCCAUUGGAAUGGCUGAUAGGGAUCUUCUUAUGCUCAUGGAGUUCUUGGUAUUGUCUUGCCCUUAUCUGCUUGAAAAUGAUGAAGUUGCAAACCUAGCAUGUGGAGUGAAAUUUCUUUCAUCUGAGAAAGGAUCAACAACGUUCCAAGCAUGCCAGCUGUUUGACCCUGCAUCAUCUCUUUUGACACAGCUAUUCAUAGGUGAGGACAAAUUCCCCCACUCAAGACAUGUCAGAACCAGGCAGCUGAAGGAAGGUCUGACGCUGUUGGGGUUACGAAGGGAAGAAGAGGUGACAGCUGCAGAACUUGUAACAACAGCAAACAUUAUACAAAGUUUGAAUGCUUCCAGUAAAGAGGACGCAUUGUUGAAAGCAAGGGGUCUUGUUUUGUUUCUCACUCAUCAUGAAAAGAACUUUGACCCAGAUUCUCUAACUAACAUACAGGGUCUUCAGUGCAUCCCAUGUAUUUCACAGAAGCCAGAUUUCUAUCCAGGUCGACUUCAGUUUCCGGGAGAAAUGACAAUGCUUGGAACAUCAAACAUUGUUUGUAGUUCUAAAUACCUGCACGUAGUCGGAUCUACCAUGAGUGUAGCUGAAGAAAUGCCAGAACCAUUGGAAGUAUUAUUUGGGUUGGAUGUUCCUCCUCCAGUUACCUCUGUCAUUAAACAUUUACGGAAUCUCUCAGCAUCAUACUAUAGUCAGGCACACCACCUGUACAUGACCCUGCUGAACAAUGUCUACAAGCAUUUGUCAUCAGUGAGCUUGUCCAAGGAACACAUCCAACUGCUUAGUGAAUUCCCCUCUGUAUGGGUAGGAAUAGAUGAAAGGUUUCAGCAUCCGUCAUCUGUAUUCAUAGAUCAGAUGACUAAAGACAUGGAUUUAAAACCUUACCUAUUUGCUCUUCCAUCUGUAUUUCAUCAUUGGGGCAGUUUGAUGUUGACACUUGGGUGUCACCAGGAACUUGCACCUCAGUUACUUGCAGGGGUGCUUGAAACAAUCAAAUCGAAACAUGACACAUACAGAGAAGGGAGUGCUUUUAGAAAAGACAAUUCCUCCAGACAAUCAGAAGUUCAGAAAGAUUCACAACUUGUUCUACAAAUUGUCAACAGGUUGUCAGAAGAACAAGAGAAGCCCGCAACUAUUUUUCUUCCAAUCCAACAAGGGGACAACUCGUGUCUGACUCUAUUGCAUGUUGAAGAAUGUACAUACAGUGACUGGCUGAAUGAGGAGACAGAGUCAGAGGAUGAAGGGGCUGGUGUUCACUUUCUUCAUAAAUCUAUUUCCAAAAAUACUGCACAAAUGCUUGGAGUAAAUAUCUUGGAUGAUAGAGAUUAUGAUUAUCAUCAGUCAGAAUCAUUAACUAGACGACUGAACUCUUUACUUCAUGCAUAUGUUGAUGGGUUGUCCAUUCCAAAAGAAAUGAUUCAAAACGCAGAUGAUGCUGGUGCCACUGAAGUAUGUUUUCUGUAUGAUGAGCGACAAAAUUGGGAUGCAAGAUCGUCUCUGAUCAAAAGUGAAAUGGCUUAAUAAUAAGGGCC